CGGGACGAGCGGGAAGGAAGAGGACCACAAAACGUGGCGGUGUCCGUCGUUUUACCCGCACAGCCUCGCCCUCUUUCAUUUCGGCGACGUACGCAAUUUUUGUAGUUGUCAUUCCCCAUCCAACGCCUGGGCGCCUAUGUACACCGGUCCCCACGUGGAUCGGCGGAUAUCUAUCUGAUGUCUGCGUAAAAGCGGAGUCUGUGUUGGUCAGACUAUGCAAGGGGACAUCUACCCGGUCGUUGUUGGAUGCCUGACCAACCGCAAAAGCAAUCCGCUGGGUGCCUGAAGAGGCUCAGCCCGAGCUUUGCACGGGGAACCCACAAACUCUACAUCAAGGCUGAGCCUAUGGUGCUGCUGUGCAAAUGCUUAGAUCGGUGGCCAACUGUGUCAAAGGCAAGCAGAAUUUGCACCGGUGAGACUUGACCCAGCUACUAUUCUUAGGCUACAAACCCGCCGACAGAGAAGUGCCGACACAUCGUCGGUGAACAGGGGCGUCCUGGUUGAGCCAUGUAGCUUCUGCGGAAUUCUCCUACACU